GUAUUAAGGAAACAUGAUUUCGCUCAUCAACCAUGUGGUUUUCUUUGUUAAGGACAUGCUCUGGUUAUACGUCCUGUCAGCCUAUUAUCUUCUCUGGGAGUGCCUACUGCGGAUAAAAAGCCAGCUUUCGCCGCAAGAGCAGAUGUCAUAUGGCUGCAUGCUGAACAAAACUGUUUUAGUGACGGGAGGAUCAGGAGGCAUAGGGCACGAGACAAUCCGAGCGCUUUUAUCUCUGGGCGCUCGAGUUAUUGAUGGAAGUCCAGACACCAACUUCAAUAAGGAACAGCGAAAGCACUUGCUUUUGGAUGGCCAACCUACGGCACAAGUGGAGCUGCUGCAUCUUGACCUGAGCUCAAUGGCUUCUGUAAAGACAUUCGCAGAAAAUAUACUUAAAAGUGAAAGCAAACUUGACCUCCUUAUUUGCAAUGCUGGUGUGAUGCUGAUGCCGUACCAGGAAACAGAAGAUGGGUUUGAGUCACACAUGAGCAUUAACUACCUUGGCCACUGCCUACUGACUGCCUUGCUGCUGCCUCUGCUGAUUGCUGCUGGUAACAAAGGACCAACAGCAAGGAUUGUUAAUGUGUCUUCGUGUGCACAUAAAGCUGCCCGCAUAAACUUGGACGACCUCCACAGCAGAAAGAGGUACUCCUGUUACCACGGUUACACUCAGUCAAAGUUGGCACAGGUGCUGUUCACAAAAUCGCUUGCAAAGCGUUUGCAAGCCAAGGUUAUUCCUGUGACUGUCAACUGCGUCCACCCAGGAAUUGUGAACACUCAACUUUACCAGAGGGUGUGGUGGGCCCCACUAGUUGCCGGCCUUGUCUUCAAGACACCGGAAGAGAGUGUUAAGACUGUACUGCAUGCAGCGCUUUCGAGCGAGCUUGAAGGCAUCAGCGGCUGCUAUCUGGAGGAAUGUGCACUGGCUCAGCCUCUCUCCGUGUGCAACGACCGCUCCAUCCAAGAGAGACUUUGGAACAAGACAUGGGCGCUGCUCAAGCCAUGGUUAAAUGACUGUGCCAGUACUGUGAACACCCUGCUUGCCUCCUGAGACUUCAGGAAUCUAGGCACUGGACUUUGUAUGGAUGUGAUAAACUGCAGAGCUGAGGCUUUUGUAGCCAAGAAUAAUGGAAUUGCUCAGGCGUAAAGAAAAUAUGACAAUUUAUUCCUAAUUUCGUAUCACUUGUAAUGGCAGCUAAUGGAACAUCUGCAAAGAAAUAAAGAAAGAUAUAAUGAGGAAA